GAAGAUUAGUUGUCUUUUUUUUUGUCAAUUGCAGUGGGCCACUUGCAUUUUGAUGACUCCUUCCUUGCGCUGCACGAGAGACAAUAAUUAUUACAAGAGCCAAAGAGCUGUUGUGUUAGUGAGUUGCUUGACUCGUAGAUGUACUUUGUAUGCAGCGUAGCACAGUAUAGCCUGAUGUAGGCUCUUCGUAAAACAUUUCUAUUAAUUUUAAUAGUGAAGUACAAUAGUAGUUUCAAAACAGCAGACAAUGGCUGGUCAGCAACGCCUCGAUAACGCCAAUCCGAACGUAUUUGCGAAGACUUCUGAGCGCAUAGUAACCAGCCAGGAAGAGGAUGACGAUACCGUUGAUGAAUUCGAUCGGAGAGAAAUAUUUGACCUUAUCCGUGGGAUAAACGAUCCGGAACAUCCAUUCUCGUUAGAAGAGCUCAAUGUUCUGCGAGAGUCUCAUGUCGAAGUGGAUAACACUCGCAACUGCAUCAAGGUGGUUUUCACGCCGACAAUUCCCCAUUGCAGCAUGGCCACGUUGAUAGGACUGUCAAUUCGUGUCAAGCUUUUGCGGGCCCUCCCACCGCGAUUUAAGGUGGAUAUUAGCAUUGAGCCUGGAACACAUGCAUCUGAGCUUGCAGUGAACAAGCAACUUGGUGACAAGGAGCGGGUGGCAGCGGCCCUGGAGAACAAUCAUCUUCUGGAUGUAGUCAACCAAUGCCUAGCAGGAAAGGAAGCUAGUUGAUUUCUCGCUCCAUGACAUAGCCUUGAGUUCUAUAAUCAUGAUACCUUCACACAGUUUAGCUAACAUGUACAUUGCCUGAUUUUAGAUGACUCUUGCUGGACAAAUCAUCUCCAAUGAAGAUUUUCAUACAUUGUCAUACUCUCACUCCAUUCACAACAGCCAUUGCUUUUCUGUUCGCAUGUCCACGGUAGACUUAUUAGCCAUUCACGUCAGUAUCAAAAACUAUCAAUGCCACAAUACAUACUGAGCAAAAGUGUUUGCCCAAGCCAUGUUACCUAGAGAUCAGCAAGAAAAGCAGUAACAAUAUCCACAGCCUAAAGCCUGAUUCAUACUUCAUUUCGUGUACGGAAAAAAAGUUUACUUGAGUUCACCUUGUUUGGCCCAUCACGCGACCAUCAUCACACUCUUUAGACCCAAGCUGUGUUCGUUUUGUUUCUCGAACGCUGAUCUCUAACCAUUUCUGUAGAUCAUCGAUGCAAAGUCAGUGUACUACGCAUGUUUGCAACAUUCAUGAUAGGAUUCAUAAUUUUGAGGGAAACAGCUGCAUACAUGUACAGACA